ACACGUGAGUUGACUUUGGUUGAAACUCUGGACAACGUGAAAUGUCCAUCGACAAGUUGGAAUCGCGAGGAAGUAGUUUCAAACCACCUGAUAUUCUCAGAUAGCUGUGCCAAUAAAUCUCAAAGUAAUCCUAAGAGUAAUAGUCGUAAUAAUAAUAACAACAACAACCUUACCAAUAAUUACUUAAAAAUAUCAACUGGGUUCAAUGUUGAUGAAGACGAUGGGACCAAUCGCGCGAGAUCUGGAGCGAUAUCGCGUAAAUUCGAUGAAACUUGGGUAGAUGCAGAAAAGCAUAGCACGCCGUCGAAAGAAUCCAUUUCGUAUAUUAGUCGUAAAAACCCCUCGUGCAGCGUCCAAAAAAGCGGCAUUUGUAAUACCGAUAAUAAUUUAAUAAUCCCCCAAAAUCUGUCACUACCCAAUGAACAAAAGGAUAAUUUAGUUACUGUUAGUUCAAAAAAGGAGGACACCAUCGCAAACUAUAAUACUGACAAUAGGCUUCUGUUGAUCAACGCAAGUUACUCUAGUCACAAGGGAGGCACGUCUUCGCAAGAGAGGGAGCAUCGUCAAGAGUUUUCCCCUGGGUUACAAGGCUAUUCGACUAGUCAACUACAAUCUUCUCAGUGUAUUAAACUCAUACCCGACAGAAGCAAACUCUUAGAGCAGGAUUACGAAAAACGAGUAUCGAGAUCACGAAGCAUAUCUACCGAUGACGUUGACGACCUGAUAAAUUCUAAUGAUAACUUCGGUACCAGCAACGACAAUAAUAAUUAUUGUUAUUCUUCAAGUUCUUCACCAAGUAACUUGAAGUUACUGAAGAAUAAUCGAAAAGUUAAAUCGGAUUUGGACUUGAGUUACAGGCGAAGUCAUUUGAAUUCCAACUUACGUUUGAAACUAAAGAGGUCUCCGUCGCCUGAAAACAACGCACUGUAUUCCAGUUCUGGGUCAGCUGAAUACUCCGAUAUCAUUCUGAGGUCAAGCGAUAACUCGGUAAACGAGCUGCGAUGUUUAAACUGGUCUAAUUCAACGACUUUGCAUUCAUCAGUCUCAUCGGGUUACUCGUUUUCGAAUGUCAGUGAUGGUGAGAAAGAUAUUAUUGGUGAUAGUUAUUAUGAUGGUUACAGUAAUACUACCAACAGUAGUGGAUCUAUAAAUGAUAAUGAGCAAAAAGGAGGAAAAAAAGCUUUGAAAGGUUCUGAAGAUAAUUUGUUAACAGAAAAAAAGGAAGGAGAAAAAGUUGAGCGUAAAUCUAGCGUGAAUCCAUGCGCUAAUAAAAUAAUUCAAGCGGAACAACAGGUAAUUCAUUCUCAGGAAACUAAAACAAAGUUUGAUGAUUACUGGCUAGAAGAUAACGAUCACUUGGACGAAGAAUCGGCUUGUUGUUCGUGUUCUUGCGACAGUUACACCAACUAUUGUUCCCGUCGUUGGUCAGAAUAUUCAAUUCAGGCGUCUAAUUCAAAUCCCGUCGGAUUGGUCAGUGAAAGUAAUUUAACAGUCAUUGAAUCUCGUAAUUUACUUUCGGAUGGACCUGAGGAGGAAAAUGAAAGUGAAAUAAAGGGUAGAAUAGGUAAACAAUUAACUCUUAAGCAAUCUCAACGAAGAUUGACAGUCAGUCGCGAAAGUUACACUUUGGCGAAUCGAUUGGAAGACAGGAGUAGCAAUUUAAAGUCCCAGGUUGAUAACAAUAAAGAUCCAAAUAUGAAGAUCCUGAUAAAAAUAAUGCGGAUUCGGGAAAAAAUCAUAUACGGAUUCAGUGCAUUUGCUAUUCUGUUUACUCUUCUUCUGGUAAUGGACCUUCAGAUGGACUUGGGGUACAGUGGUCAUCAUUUAGUGCCCAGUCAUGGCAGAGUUAGAAUGCACGAUGAACUUGGCCAUGAUACAGUGUACACUAACUUCCACCGUAAGUUUCUCCAAAGAGUUAAUGCCAGCAAGGAAUUAACAGCCAGUGACAAUUCUAUUGGUGGUGGUCCUAACUCUAGGGAUAAUACCGCAAAUAAUGGAGGUAGUGUUGUUGCAAGUGCUGAUGCUGCUGCUCCCGGUAAUAUUAUACGGGAUAAUACCAAAAGAGAACCGCUACAUGAUGACUUUGGUGACCUUGUUGAUAUAUUAGUUAAUGCGGAUAAUAUUGACUUAGACACUGGUGUCGUAAGAAUUAGUAAUGAAGAUUACAGUGAUAAUCCUACCAUUGGGGAUAUACGAGGAAUACCAAUUAGGUAA